AUGCAGCAGCACUACUUCUGGUUUUCUCUUCUACCAGGAGGUUCAUUACUUUCCCCUGUUGCUCCACUCACCAAACCUCCAGUCACUAACUCUCCAGUCACUACCCCUCCAGUCACUAACGCCCCAGUCACCAACUCUCCAGUCAGUAACUCCCCAGUCAGUAACUCUUCAGUCACCACCCCUCCAGUCAGCAACUCCCCGGUCACUACCCCUCCAUUCAGUAACUCUCCAGUCACCAACUCUCCAGCCACUACCCCUCCAGUCACUAACUCCCCAGUCACCACCCCUCCAGUCAGUAACUCCCCAGUCACUAACUCCCCAGUCACUAACUCUCCAGUCACUACCCCUCCAUUCAGUAACUCUCCAGUCACUAACCCUCCAGUGACUAACUCUCCAGUCACUAACUCUCCAGUCACUGCCCCUCCAGUCAGUAACUCCCCAAUCACUAACCCUCCAGUCACUAACUCUCCAGUCACUACCCCUCCAUUCAGUAACUCCCCAAUCACUAACCCUCCAGUCACUAACUCUCCAGUCAGUAACUCCCCAGUCACUAACUCUCCAGUCACUAACUCUCCAGUCACUAACUCUCCAGUCACUACCCCUCCAGUCAGUAACUCCCCAGUCACUAACUCUCCAGACACUACCCCUCCAGUCAGUAACCCUCCAGUCACUAACUCUCCAGUCACUACCACUCCAGUCAGUAACUCCCCUGUCACUAACUCUCCAGACACUACCCCUCCAGUCACUAACUCUCCAGACACGACCCCUCCAGUCAAUAACUCUCCGGUCACUAACUCUCCAGACACGACCCCUCCAGUCAAUAACUCCCCCGUCAAUAACUCCCCAGUCACUAACCCUCCAGUCACUAACUCUCCAGCCACUACCCCUCCAGUCACUAACUCUCCAGUCACUACCCCUCCAGUCAGUAACUCCCCAGUCACUAACUCUCCAGACACUACCCCUCCAGUCAGUAACCCUCCAGUCACUAACUCUCCAGUCACUACCACUCCAGUCAGUAACUCCCCUGUCACUAACUCUCCAGACACUACCCCUCCAGUCACUAACUCUCCAGACACGACCCCUCCAGUCAAUAACUCUCCGGUCACUAACUCUCCAGACACGACCCCUCCAGUCAAUAACUCCCCCGUCAAUAACUCCCCAGUCACUAACCCUCCAGUCACUAACUCUCCAGCCACUACCCCUCCAGUCAGUAACUCCCCAGUCACCACCCCUCCAGUCAGCAACUCCCCAGUCACUAACUCCCCAGUCACUAACUCUCCAGUCACUACCCCUCCAUUCAGUAACUCUCCAGUCACCAACCCUCCAGUAACUAACUCUCCAGUCACUAACUCUCCAGUCACUACCCCUCCAGUCAGUAACUCCCCAAUCACUAACCCUCCAGUCACUAACUCUCCAGUCACUACCCCUCCAUUCAGUAACUCCCCAAUCACUAACCCUCCAGUCACUAACUCUCCAGUCAGUAACUCCCCAGUCACUAACUCUCCAGUCACUAACUCUCCAGUCACUACCCCUCCAGUCAGUAACUCCCCAGUCACUAACUCUCCAGACACUACCCCUCCAGUCAGUAACCCUCCAGUCACUAACUCUCCAGUCACUACCCCUCCAGUCAGUAACUCCCCUGUCACUAACUCUCCAGACACUACCCCUCCAGUCACUAACUCUCCAGACACGACCCCUCCAGUCAAUAACUCUCCGGUCACUAACUCUCCAGACACGACCCCUCCAGUCAAUAGCUCCCCCGUCAAUAACUCCCCAGUCACUAACCCUCCAGUCACUAACUCUCCAGCCACUACCCCUCCAGUCAGUAACUCCCCAGUCACUACCUAUCCAGUCACUAACUCUCCAGACAUGACCCAUCCAGUCACUAACCCUCCAGUCACUAACCCUCCAGUCACUAACCCGGGGCUUGGACCUUCUUGCUAUGAAGUAAAGUAUGGCUCAGACGCAGUCCCAGGCAAACACAGGAGCUGA